AUGCUCCCUCGUAAUAUCACCAACAUCGCAUUCAAAGCUGCUUCCCGAUUCUCCAGCAUUUCCUCGACCAUCCGCGCUUCCUACUACACCAUGUCGUCCGACCUCACCCUCUACACCUGGACCACGCCAAACGGCAUCAAAGCUUCUAUCACCUUGGAGGAGCUUGGUCUGCCAUACAAGACUGAGCCAAUCGACAUUAGCACCAACAUCCAGAAAGAAGACUGGUUCUUGAAAAUUAACCCCAAUGGCCGUAUUCCCGCCCUCACCGAUGGCUCACAGCGCGUUUUCGAGAGUGGUUCCAUUAUGCUCUACCUUGCCGACAAGUAUGACACCGAGCGAAAGAUCAGCUACGCGCCUGGCACCCCCGAAUAUAUCGAGCAGGUAUCCUGGGUAAUGUUCCAGAUGGGAGGCCUGGGUCCUAUGCAGGGUCAAGCAAACCACUUCCGGCUCUUCGCCGGUGUCCGCUCCGACUAUGGUAUCAAGCGAUAUAUCGACGAGACGAAGCGUCUCUACUCGGUCCUGGAAUCUCGCCUGAAGGAGAGCCCCUAUCUGGCUGGUUCAAAGUACACGAUUGCCGACAUUGCCAAUUACUCGUGGGUUCGCAGCGGCCCCGGUGCCCUGGAGAUUGAUCUAUCCGAGUUCCCGGCGCUGAAGAAGUGGGCCGAUGAGAUCGGGCAGAGGGCCGCGGUGCAGAAGGGAGCAGAUGUGCCUCACACUGGCCGCACAGAUGCGGAACGUGCUGAAUUCUUCAAGAGUGCGCGUGCUAGAAUUGAUGGCUUGGCUAACUCUGAUAAGCAGUAA